UGCGUCAGUGAUUCUUUUCAUUCUUUUGCGUGUUGUUUAUUUUUACAUUUAGCAGUUUUGCACAAUAUUGUGGUUUGCGAUACAAAGCUCGACAACAAUUGAAUUUGAUUUCUUCUUCAUUACAAUAUUCGAGCUUUAGAUAACUUCACAAGAGACUCCUCAUCGUCGAUGUUCACUCGUGUGUUCGUGAAAUAAUUUUUGAUGAUAUUAGACGCGAGUUACUACGGUGUCAUGCCUCCUGUGAAGCAACGCGGGAGCAGACGGGGUCUCAGCGACGCUGACGACGAGGAUGACGAUUAUCGUAAACGGAGAGACAGAAAUAAUGAGGCAGUCAAGAAGUCAAGAUACAAGACAAAGCAACGAACCCAAGAGACAUUCACACGAGUAAGCAAGCUUAAGGCUGAGAAUCAAGUUUUGGAAGAAAAAGUUAAAACAUUGACUAAAGAACUUCAGUUUCUUAAAGAGUUGUUCCUUGCACACGCGUCUAAUACGCAGAAUGGUAAAUUCGAGGGGGUUGACUUGGAUAAACUUCUGGAGGAUGUUCCCGAGGAGAAGCAGAGUAGUAAUAAGAAAUAGGUAAAUUAAGGUUUUGGGUGAUUUUAGAUCGUGUCUGGUUGAAGUGUGAGAAAUUUAGUUGGUUGAUAUAGUUCUGUAUGAAAAUAUACUAGUUUAUAGCGCCUGUCACGCGGGUCCUGAGUGGGGGUCAUUUAGAACUGGGUGUUGAAUUCAUUUGUUGAAUAUACUGGUAAAGACCAGUUUAUUUUGAGACGGCAUUGCUUAAGGGAGUCACCACACUUAGGCUCAGUUUACACUGCCGCGGAACGGAAUGGAAGCGUCAGUUUCGCCUCGCUGUGCGAGAAGGUGCGCGCGGUCGCUGAAAUGCUGGAGCAUUCGCGAACUUUCUCGCGACUGCGCCUUGAGCUUGUAAUUUCAUCGACAUUUGACGUAACACUUCCCGCGGCUACGCCGGGUGUCGCCAAGGCAACUGCGGAAAUUCCGGCGAGUGCGCGAACAUUCGUUUUUUGACUCGUAUCUAGUUUGUAUGUUACACAAUUGACAUAUGAUCAUUUUGCUAUGUACAAUUACGUUACAAAAAUUCUCUUCCAUUCCGUUCCGCCGCAAUGUGAAUUGAGCCAUAUUAAUACAGAAUCAAUCAGAGCGAAAAAGACGUUCCACGCUUCGCCACAGCUUCGACAGCCGACGCGAAACGCUCGUUAACCUGUUGCGCUCGACUGCUACAUACAGCCUUUUCUUAAUGGCUUAAUGACUCUUUAGAAAACUAACUGUAAUUCCGACUAAGCAAAGAUGGCAAGUUAAGCAAGUUUUUCGUAUUUAC